UGUCGAGUCAUAUCGUCCUGACAACAGCUUUUCCAUCUGUAUGAAAACAAAGAGAGCACACAUGACAAACUCCAACAUUCUGUUAAACAAGUAAAAAAAAAAAACUGUCCUCUUUUUCCAAAGCCGUGCGUAAAAAUGUCAACUUUUAACCCUCAACAUUAACAUUCCUCCUUUUCAGUGUCAGUGGUGCUGAAGGUGAAUUAAUGAGAGCUGGUCUGCUUCUGUUGCUGUCUUUAAUAAGUUUACCGCUCAAGUUGUAGUUUGAGAAGACAAAGGCUGAUGUGGGAGUGGGGAUGCUGUCCAUGUCCGCCCCAAAUGAUUAAUAGUUGUGGUGGGAUUUUUCCACGCCCGCUGCUCGGUGACGAUGGAAAACAAGCGCCAAAUGUUGCCCAAAAGAGAGAGGCUCCUUCCGGACAAUAACUUUUGUCAAUAUUAGCAGUGGCUGAGCCAGAUUUCUUCCACAGCACACGCGUGGCACAUUAUUUGCAUAUGCGUUGGAUUAUAAUUUUGAUAGCAAGCCACAGCAGGAUUUGUGAGUUAAAUGGGUUAUUUUGCCAACUCCCUCAGACCCUCCCCUCCCCAGAAGCUCCCCAAACUCUUCUUUACACAAACGUGUAAUUUCUACCGUCACUCAGUCGCUCAUAGGAAACGCACAAGUGCAUGUAAGUCUAAUGGGGGAUCUGCGUUUCGACCAGCAGGUCGAGCAGCCACUCUUUGGUUACUUCACCUCCACUUCCCGCACGCACCCCUCACGACCACCGGAACACACAGUCUCAUAAUGUAGGACAGGUAAACGUUUUGUGUCAGUGAAGUCAGCAGUGUGCAGGUUUGUGCUGAUGGAGAAGCAUGAGGUUCACUAAGCGAUACUACAGCCGGAGACUGACAACGAGAGCGGGGAGGGGGGCGAUAUUGAGUUGAGUUGUCUGUAAUGCACUUUACAAGCCCGCCUGUGCUACAGAGAGACAUGAGGAGAGGUUUAUUAGUGCAAUGAGUAAUCAUGAUGUCACUGUUAAAUGGUGUUUUGUCGGGAAGGUCUUCUCAUUCAUACAUAGUGCGAAUUGUCACGCUGCAGUGCAAAAAAAAAAAAAAACACACACUCCACUUUCAGCCUGGCUCACUCUGAGCUGUGGCUGCACUUGAAACUGACCAUAAUACAGCAAGAUUAGCUCUUUCAGCCGCUAACAGGCUCCAAAUAUAUGGCACUUUAAAAGUGACACAACAGCCUUUUCCCUGUGAAUGGGCGACACGUGGAAAAGCUGCUUCUCUGCAAGAGACUUGCUCCUCUGCCAGAUCCAUUGCAGUGUCACAUAGUCCUCUUUUUUCUCCCUCCAAACUGAUCCGUUUCUCCUCAGGGGCAAUGACUGCCUCCAUUAAUGAUUCACGGGCUCAAAUAAAAGGGAUUUAAGUUGACGUUGCGUCACGUGAGCGCAGCGCAUAAUACUGCGCGAUGUAAUGGCACGGGGAAGAAAACCGGAGCCCCGGUCUGGCCAUAUGAUGCUGAUUAUAUGCGGGUUACCCCCACUUUCCGUGAGGGGAGACCGGGUCGUGUAGAUUGUUUAUCGAGGGGAGAAAAAAAAUGAGAAGAGAGGCGAAGUGAAACACAGAGGAUCCCGCGUCUGUGGAUGUAUAAUACUGCUGUUACGGACGGAUAUGUUUUUCCACGCGGACAGAGUCACAGUCCGAGCUUUGGGAAGGAUGGAUUUUAUUUCGAGAAAUCCAGCCAACUAAAUUCAGGCCAUCGCGAGGUCCCCGAGACAUCCUGAACUGCCUUCGGUUCACCCGAGGAGGCCAUUGGCGGAGAGGCGUCACGUGACCACGGGGUGCCAAUGUUAUUCUACAAGGGUGUCAAGACCCUGUCAGUUUCUGAAAUAAAUAUUGGGAAACGGCGAGAUGCAAAAGGCAACCUACUACGACAGCUCCGCAAUUUACAGUGGCUACCCAUAUCAAAGCGCAAAUGGCUUCAGUUAUGAUGCCAAUCAGGUCCAAUAUCCCCGGGCCUCUCAUGUGGAAAGUGAGUACCAUCGACCUGCCUGCUCCCUGCAGUCUCCUGACGGCUCCGUGGCUUUGCAGAAGCCGGGGGAGAUGGCGGAGGGCUGCGACAGGACCACAUCCAUUCAGGUGGCGCAGUCCCAGGUUCAUCCCGAAAGCAAUCAACCGCAGGUGCCGGUGUCAGGUCCACCCCCUCCCUCACAAUCCCCGGGUGCUAUCAGCCAAAGCGCAAGCAACGGGUCCAACCAGCCCAGUGCCAAGAACGAUUCCCCGACCUCUAACGCUCGCAGCAAACACAUCUUCCCCUGGAUGAAGGAGUCUCGUCAGAACACCAAGCAGAAACCCACCAGUAGCGCCAGUUCAGUGGAGAGUUGCCCCGGAGACAAGAGUCCUCCAGGGUCAGCAGCAUCGAAGAGGGCCAGGACAGCCUACACCAGCGCCCAGCUCGUGGAGCUGGAGAAGGAGUUCCACUUUAACCGGUACCUCUGCAGACCCCGGAGAGUGGAGAUGGCGAACCUGCUCAACCUUACCGAGAGACAAAUUAAAAUCUGGUUCCAGAACCGCAGGAUGAAGUACAAGAAGGAUCAGAAGGGCGUCGGAAUGAUGCCUUCCCCCGGCGGACAGUCCCCGCGGAGCCCCGUGGGCCCUGCCUCCAGUGGUGGCGGUGGGGGAGGAUACCUCAACUCUAUGCAUUCUCUUGUAAACAGUGUACCUUAUGAAUCCCAGUCGCCGACGUCUUACAAUAAACCACAUCAAAAUGCAUACGGUAUGGCUACGUCAUAUCCCCCGCCUUUGAACAGCUCCCUCAACAACUGCCCGCCCUCCCAGAAGAGGUAUUCCGUGACCGACUCGGCCACGCCCGAGUAUGACGCGCAUCCUCUCCAAGGCAAUGGCAACUACGGGACGCACAUGCAGGGCAGCCCCGUUUAUGUCGGCGGAGGUUACAUCGAGUCUAUGCCCAAUUCCGGGGCCUCUGUUUUCGGUCUAACCCAUCUCCCGCACCCGCCGUCCACAAACAUGGACUACAAUGGAGCAAUCACAAUGGGCAACAGUCAGCAUCACGGAGUGUGUGAUCCGACACCGACGUACACAGACCUAACGCCGCACUACUCUCAGGGAAGAAUCCAGGAAGCGCCCAAACUGACGCAUCUGUAGCGGUGGCGCUGUACUCGGAUCACUCCGCCCAUUGUCUUACCCACCUACACAUCACUGCUUUGUUUCUGCGCCUCUUCACGGCUUCCACCUUCUCUGCCUUUGUUUAUGUUUUCUAUAGUUUGAUGUGUGAAGUAGCGUAGGCUAAAUAAUCACGACUUGUUCGGAUUUUUUCUCUAUUUGCUUGUGUCAUUGUCUCACAAAGACCUUUAUCUGGGCUGUAGGACUGUAGAGCGGGAGGGAGGGGGGGCACAGUAUAUGCAUAGGUCUAUUUAAUCUUUUUUUUUUUAAUCUCGUUUUAAAGCUGAAACUCAAACAGGGUAUUAUGAACGUUAUGCUAUUCAUUUUAAUGUGAAUUUGUCCGUCUUUUAUUUAUCCGCAGUUGAAGAAUUGUGUUUUGCAUUUUGUUGCACUUGUGAAAGAAUCCUCCAAGAGCCACCAGCUUGGUAUUUGAGGGAAAUGCAUUUUCAGAAAAAAAGAAACAGGGGUCAUGAGUUUAAAUGCAGCUUCCCUUGCUUGUGUUUUGUUUUAUUGGACUUUCUAAUGUUAUUUAUUUUUUGUUUGGUGUAAAGAUAAGAGUCCUUUAGUAUUAUUUGACACCCUGCGAUCUUUUUUGUGGGGAGAAGGUUGAUGGAUAUUCGCGUCUCGGCCCUUUUGUACCCCAUAUUCAUGUAGCCUGCAGCAGCAGCAGCAGCAGCACAUCGUGUUUGCCAUUUAAGCCAAUGUGUCUAUGUUUUCUUCCUCUUCUUCUUCUUCUUCUUCUUCUUCGAGGAGGUAUUCUGUUUCCCCAGCCAAUGUAAAAUCAAUCAGCCAUGCAAUAAGAGUGGAAAGAGGGACAUACAUUAGCAGUUUCUUUAUUGAAGAAAAAACCCGGGACAGAUCAUCAUUUUUUUUUCAAUGUCAUACAUUCCAUGCUGCUCCAGUUCGAAGAGAUGAAUAAAAAAAUUGAAAUAUAA